AUGUCUAAUGAUAAUGAUGAAAACUAUAUUCACCCCAUGGAACUUGCAGUGCAAUCAAUUUUAGAAGGACCUUUGGAAUUACUCAAUUUAAAUCUAAAGUCGCUAUACGAGUCUCAACUGAUCCUACAUACAAUCUUACAUAAAAUGGAGAAGACUUUACAAGAAACUGCCAAUAACCUGCGGCCAGGAAGUUUCCCAUUAGAUGAGCAAAUAAUUUCAGAUUGUUCAGAGAAUAUAGGCACACAAUCAGAAGAUCUAGAAAGUUCAAGUACUGCUGAAGAUGGUGUCAGGAUCGACCAUAGCGAUGUUAAACCUGAGUUUGAUUGCAAAGAUUAUCUACAAAGGCUAGUAAUUUUGAAGAAAAAGAUAAAGAAUGUAGAGAAAACAUUGGAUCGUGUGGAAACAAGAAUUGUUAAAAUAGAGACGGAGAUUGGCAACAACUGGGGAGAGUAG